AUGUCAACUGAAAAUAUUUUUUCGGAAUUUACCUUUGACCGUUAUUGUAAAAAAAUUAAAUUUGAUCAACAAAAGCGACAAGAUCCACUCUACUCGAAUAUAAAUAGUCAAGGAGAAGAAGAAGAAGAGGAAGAUCAAGAAGAACAAUUAGUGCAACAACUAGAAGAAGAAGAACAACAACAAGAAGAAGAAUUAAAUAUUCAAAUUAAUAAUUUGAGUAAUUGUAAUAUUAAAUCAAAUACAUCAACUCCAACUAGAAAAAGAAAAAUUUAUAAUAUUAUUAUCAACGACCAAGAUAAUAUAAGCGAUAAUAUAAAUAACACUAAUAAUAAUUAUAACACCAAUUUAAGUAAUAUUAAUAAUAAUAAUAAUAAUAAUAAUAAUAAUAAUAAUAAUAAUAAUAAUAAUAAUAAUAAUAAUAAUAAUAAUAAUAAUAAUAAUAAUAAUAAUAAUAAUAACAAUAAUAACAAUAACGAUCAAAUAAUGACAAUUGGAUAUUUUAGUGCAGAGGAAACUCAACAAAUUGUUAAUACUAAUACUGCAACUACUAGUACUAGUAGUAGUAGUAGUGGUGGAAAUACUACUACCAAUAAUAAUAAUAAUAAUAGUAAUAAUAUCAAUAUGAAUACUGCAAAUAGUAGUAGUAAUGAUACAUUGAAUGGGGAUGGAGAAAUCGCAACAUUUGAUAAAUCACUAGAUUUUAAAACUGCAACUGAGAAUUUGAUCGAAAGUAUGCAAUUAUCGAAUUUACAAUCUGGUUCAACAUCUGGAGGUUCAACAUCUGGUUCAAUUCGUCAUCCACAUUGCGUUCAUAGUGGUGGUAGUGGUAUCAGUGGAAGUAGUAGUGGUAGUGGUGGUGGUAUGAUUGGUAGUAAUAUUAAUUCAAGUAAUGGUACAGGAAACUUGAUUUUAAAUAAUAAUUCAAAUGGAUUAUCCGAUGAAUAUUGGAUACUUAUUUUUCACUUUUUAGACUUUAAAACUUUAGUUGCCUUAUCAGAGACAUGUCAUUUAUUCUAUAGAUUAUCAAAUGAUAGAUUCCUUUGGGAAUCAUUAUUGAAAAAGGAUAGAAAAAAGGUUAUACUAUUACCGCCUGGUAUCGAUUUAACUUGUCCAUCAUCAAUCUAUAAGAGUAGAAGAGAUUAUGAUACAAUCGUUGAAGCAUUAUCACAAUUAACAGAAGCAAAGAGGGAAACCAUUUUAUUAGCACCAUCGAUUUAUCAAGAGAAUAUAUCCAUUGAUAAACCGGUUGAUAUCAUUGGUGAGGGUCCAUUAGGUGGUGUUGUUAUUGAAUCAAGUACAGGUAAUACCGUUUCCAUUAGUGCCCCCUAUGGUUCAAUUACAAAUGUUGCAAUGCGUCAGCAUGGUCAUUGGUUUUGUAUCGAUAUUGAAAAGGGUAGUUUUAGUAUAAGCAAAUGUGAUAUAACCAAUCUAACACUAUCUGCAAUUAAAAUUGGUAGAAGCGCAUCACCAUGGAUUGCAAAUAAUAUCGUACACGAUUGUAAGGAAGCUGGUAUUGCAAUUUUUGGUGGUGAAGGUACAAUCAUUGGAAAUCAUUUCACUCGUAAUCGCUAUGGUAGUAUUGAGAUUGUUUAUUCAACAAGUAAACCAACAAUCAAACUCAAUAAAAUCUACAAGAACAAAGGUUAUGGUAUUCAUGUUCAUACGAAUGCCACAGCUUUCAUCUCUGAAAAUAUCAUUGAAGAGAAUGAAAGUGAUGGUAUAAGUUGUUGGGGUGGUGCUUCACCGAUAGUUUCAAAUAAUAAAAUCUGUAACAAUCUCGAAGAUGGUAUUUAUAUUCAUGAGGAUGGUAAAGGUAUCUAUGAAUACAAUCAAAUAUUUGGUCAAAAAUUGGAUGGUAUUCGUAUUAGUAAAUCAAAUCCUCAAAUCUCUCACAAUACAAUACAUCAUAAUCAAGGUGAUGGUAUUCGUUUAGUAAUUCGUGCCAAUCCUAUCAUCACUGAAAAUCAUAUCUGUGAGAAUAAGAGAGUGGGUAUUCAUAUCUAUCGUGAAGGUAUGGGUAUCAUUUCAAAUAAUUAUAUCUAUGGUAAUAAGAAUGCUGGUAUGCAAGUUUACUCUAGAGCCAAUGCCACCAUUUGUAAUAACAAAAUCGUUCAAAAUCGUUGCUCUGGUAUUUAUGUUUCCGAUUAUGCAAUUGUCAAUAUCAAGGGUAAUGAAAUUACCAACAAUGGUGAAGUCGGUGUUGAGAUUGUAUCUGGCGCCAAAGCACUUUGUUUCGAAAGUAAUAAUAUCAAUAGAAAUUGGGAAGGUGGUUUAGCUUACUAUAUGGACUCAAAACCAAUAGGUUAUGAACUUUCAAACUCUUUCCAAAACAAUGGUCAAUCUGGUCAACAACAAUUUAUCAUGAGACAAGGAAGGGAAAUUAUGGCAAUGUACAACAAUAGUAGUGGAAAGAAAUCUGGAAAUAAUAAAGAUUUGGAACCAAUUUCUUUCCUCGUAGAGAAUGCUCUCCAAGAAUCAAUGUGUACUUUAUCAUUUACUCGUGAAUAUUAUCAUGCUCAAUAUUGGUACGAAUGUAAAACUUGUAGUGAACCUAGAAAAAUCCUUGGAAAGAGUGAAAUUGCUGUUUGUGAAGAAUGUGCUAAGAAAUGUCAUGCUGGUCAUGAUAUUGGUGUUAGAAAGUAUGGUCAUUUCUAUUGCGAUUGUGGUCAACAAUUAACCUCACCUUGUUCCUGUAUGAAACCAUCCGAAUCGAAUAAUAAAAAUAAUUUGCCAACUCCAUAUACUCAUCCAAUUCACAGAACUCAUCAAAAUCUUCAACAACACAUUACAAUAUUAUCAUAA